GGGAGGGUGGUAAGGGGCAUCUUCCUGUCGAGAGAGGUGGCUGCCGAAAGCCGAUUGCAGCACAAUUUUACCGGUCACGCUGGCAAAGACGACGCGGAAAAUGCCGUAGAUCCAGGUGGCAGGACCGGAAACACCCAAUGACGAGGUACAAACAGGCCGAAUUCGAGGACGAAGACAGCAGCAGCAUCGGCUCCGUCGCCCUAAAUAGCGAAGGCAUCAGUACAUCCGCCACACAUAUAAGAUAUCAUACGGGUACAACGAUGUGGAAGGCGAGAAGUAUUUUGGAGAGAUGCCUCCUCAUAAUUUGCGCUGUUUUGCUGCUGACGAUUGUGGUACUCGGCAUUGUUAUCAGCAGUAAAAAUGGUUGGGACGAGGCCCAGAUUCUUCACGUCGCCUCUCACGAAGAAGAAAGCACGCAUUGCCUUACGGAACAAUGCGUAACGGUGGCGGCUUCCUUAAUCAAUAGUAUAGAUUUUUCCGUCGAUCCAUGUGAUGAUUUCUAUGAAUACGCGUGCGGCGGCUGGAGAAAGAAAAAUCCCAUUCCGGAUGGGAAGAGCGUUUGGGGCACGUUCGGCAAGCUCGAGCAGGAUAAUCAACUAGUCGUCAAGAAUGUUCUCGAGAAACCGCUCAGCGAGAUGAAAUCAAAGGCUGAGAAGAAGGCCAAGUAUUAUUAUCUGUCCUGUAUGGAUGCGAAUGAGACGAUCGAGGCGCUAGGAGCGAAGCCGAUGUUGGAAUUGUUGGAAAAGAUCGGUGGCUGGAACAUCUCGGGCAAAUUCAAUAUCAGCGCGUGGUCCCUGCAAAACAGCAUGCACAUUAUGCAAAAUGUUUAUAAUAUGGGUGGUUUAUUCUCCUGGGGCGUGAAUGAGGACGAUCGAAACAGUACUAGAUACAUAAUUCAGAUCGAUCAAGGGGGUUUAACAUUACCAACUGCGGACAAUUAUCUCAACGUAACCGAGCAUGGCAAAGUCCUAACCGCCUAUUUGGACUACAUGACGAAGAUCGGCGUACUCUUAGGUGGCGAUGAGAAUUCCACGAAAAAGCAGAUGCAGGACGUAAUCGAGUUCGAGACGAGACUCGCGGAGAUUACUAUACCGCCCGAAGAUCGCAGGGAUGAGGAGAAGAUUUACAAUUCAAUGUCGUUAAAUGAAUUGCAACGUAAAGCACCUUUCAUGUCGUGGAUAGAAUUCUUCCAAAACGCCACGCGUGUCGUAAACAUGAAGAUCAACAGUAAAAUGACGAUCGUAAAUUUUGCACCAGAGUAUUUUGUAAAAUUGACAAAUAUCGUGCAGGAAUAUAACAAAACUACUACCGGAAAGAUAACACUGAAUAAUUAUCUGGUUUGGCAGACCGUGAGGUCCUUGACGGCGUUUCUCUCGAAGCCGUUUCGCGAUGCUUACAAAGGCUUGCGGAAAGCUCUGUUCGGCUCAGAAGGCCACGAGGAGCAGUGGCGUUAUUGCGUCAGCGAUGUUAAUAAUGCCAUGGGUUUCGCCAUUGGCGCAAUGUUCGUCAGAGAAGUUUUUCAUGGCAAGAGUAAACCCAUGGCGGAGGAGAUGAUCAAUCAAAUUCGCAAGGCGUUCACGAAGAACUUGAAAAAUUUAGACUGGAUGGACGCGGAGACGAGGAAAGCUGCGGAGGAGAAAGCAAACGCAAUCACCGACAUGAUCGGUUUCCCGGACUUUAUUUUGCAGCCCAGCGAACUCGACGAGCGUUACAGGGACUUGCUGAUCAAACAGUACGAAUAUUUCCAGAAUACUUUGCGCGUGAACAAAUAUAAUUUCCGUAAAAAUCUCGAGAAGCUUAAUCAAGUGGUAAAUAAGACCACUUGGAUAAUGACACCGCCGGCCGUGAAUGCUUAUUACACACCUACCAAAAAUCAGAUGGUCUUCCCCGCUGGUAUCCUUCAGAGUCCGUUCUACGACAUGAAGAAUCCCAAUAGUUUGAAUCUCGGCGGCAUAGGCGUUGUCAUGGGACACGAAUUAACACACGCCUUCGAUGAUCAAGGUCGCGAGUAUGACUUGCAUGGAAAUCUGCACCACUGGUGGAACGACGCUACGAUAGAGCGAUUUAAAAAUAGGACCGAAUGCUUCGUGGAACAAUAUAACCAGUACCAAGUACAAGGUCGAAAUAUAAAUGGCCGACAGACGCUGGGGGAGAAUAUCGCCGACAACGGGGGCCUCAAGGCAGCAUAUCACGCUUAUCUUUCGAUGCCUAAAAGCCCCAAGGAUCAACUGUCGCUACCCGGUCUCAAUCUGACGCAUCGUCAACUAUUUUUCCUGAAUUUUGCACAGAUUUGGUGCUCCUCCAUAACGUCCGAGUCGGUGAUUCUCCAAGUCGAGAAGGAUACUCACAGUCCGCCAAAGUACAGGGUGAUAGGACCACUUUCGAAUUUGCCAGAAUUUUCGGCGGAAUUUACCUGCCCUAAGGACUCAAAAAUGAACCCGGCACAUAAGUGCGAAGUGUGGUAACGUCUCCUGUUUAUUCCGGAAACAGUUCGGUUUAACUUUAUUUUCGACGUCGUCACGGUGAUAUCGUCGAGGCUUCCACGUGCGUAACGGGCGACGCGCGUCAUGGAAUAUGGGACUUACUCCGGACAUCGGACUGUGCACUUCUUAAUUCCUUCCACAUAUCACCACUUACCGUGAGGAUAGCUACUUCAAAUUUUAGCGGGUCUUUCUGUCGGCGUAUGAUUUUGUCAUAGCUUUUAAAUGUACGGUAUCGAAAAUAGUCAGGGAAAUAAAUAGUUGGCAUGCACCUUCUUUCAGCUACGCGGGAUCAUUGAUUAUUGGCUAAUUUUAUAUCGAUUCUUUUUCUUAUUAACAAUGAUUACUUUUCGAGUCUUGUUUAUUAUUUUCUUUUCUAAACUUUGGAAUUAACAAUUUGCAUUGAAUUCUCUGUCAGCAAGUCAAAACUUACACGAGUUACUUAGAUUAUGAGAAAUAUCAUACGGAUUUCUAAUGUUAUAAGUUUCACAGAUAGAAUACACUAGCGUGUUUUAGACUUAGAAGUUUAUUUUAAAAAAAUUACUUACUUUACUAGUUAGAUGGAAUUCGAUCACGGUAAUGCGCGACGCGAUAUUCUUGACGUCAAGAAAAAUAUUUUUAAAUAUGCUUAAGAGAGUGUGCUAAAUAUUUUUCUCCCAUGUUAUCCUAGAGAAUCAGAGAUUUUUUCAUUUGAUGGAAAAAUACCUUCAGAAAAAAUGACUUGGUUAAAAAGAAAAAAGAAUUAAAAAUUUCACAUAGCAACGAAUAUGCAGAAAGAAAUGUUUUUCUUUAAAUUUAACAAGAUUUUUUAAAUCCCAUUCUCUGUGUAUUCUUAAAUUUUAAAAUCGAAAUUCUUUUUCUUUCUCUUUCUUUACAAUUCUUGUCCACAUUGAAGAAAUUAAAAUACAUCGUACAUGUGGUUUCUGAUUACACAGAUUGAAUAUUUUAUUUUAUGGAAACUAAUAGUCUUCAUUUUAAUUUGAGUAUUAUAUAUUCUUAUAAGAUAUUAUGUUAUCGGCAGUGAUAGCAUAAAUAUGUUGCGAGACGUUGUUUGAUCUCACGCCUACAGGAUUGACACGGUAUAAUUCUACGUACUUUGUUACGAGUUGUAUUAUAUUAUAUUAGUAAAAUAUUGUAUAAUUGUGUAUGCAGCAGGGGUUUACAACGUUUUGUUGAUGAAGAUUGAACAGCGUAUUUGUAAAUAAUGUGUUUUCUAGAUCGAGAAGCUUAUGUCACAAGUUAAAUCUUUACUUGUUAGCGUUAAUUUUACAGUUGUAAUUAAUAGGAAAUGAAAAUUUCAGUUUAAUAACCGGCCGCAAUGGAAUCAACUAAAGUUGCAUUGCUGGAUGAAAACAAAAUCAAUAGCGGAUAUUAAUGUAAACAAUAUGGGAACUAUAAAUUUAGAUUUCUCAUGUGGAAAAAAGACCGUUGAAAUGAAAAAAUUGUGUAUACUAUAUCUUUUAAUGCAAAAUGGACUUAAAAAUAUCACUGCAAAAUUCAUGUGUUGAAAAAUUGGUAAAAAUUUGUUUUACGAAGUUACAAAUUAUUUAAAUUUUAUUUAAUUUUGCAGAAAUAAAUUUUCUCCUAUCUCCGAUUUACAAUUUGCGGACGAUAUGCAAUUUUAUUCUUUAUCCUUAGUAUAUUAUUAAAAUUGAUUAUCCUUGGUGUAUUAAAAAAAAAAUUAUAAGAAAUAAGUUUCAAAAAAAGUCAAGGAAAAUACGAUAUUUUGUUAAUGAUUUACAUAACGAUCACUACUCUUUUACACAAAAUGCGUAUCUAUAAUAAUUUAUUUUAUUCUUGUUAAUAUUCUCGCAGUCAUUGUGUUAAAAAUUCUGAUUAUUGCAGCUCGAGUGAGUUUUGCAUGUUUCAAAAGAGAUGCCAAUCAAAAUCUCACAUCUUCUUGGAAUGAAAAUAAAUAUGUAUAUGAAUUCAUGCAGCGCGUAUGAAGAACAAAGUAUUAUAAAUAGCCAAAUCUUUCAUUAUAUAUUGAAUAAGAUACACUUAUUAUCCAGGCACGUAAUUUAUUUAAAGUUUUACGAGCCCGGUAAUUACCACGACGUUCGUAUGAGCUGCGACAGAGAUGGAAAGAAGAUAUCAGUCACUAACAUGAUUACGCUUAACUUCGUUUUAAGUUGCGCCGUUAAACAUUGAAUGAAAUGCAUUAUUUUUGUUGAAAUGUUAUAAUGUUAAUCCUAGAGAAUCCUGUACACAAUCCCAUACAAUCAUUACGUACUGAAAUCACAAUCGUCAUACAUUUCUUUUUAAUGUCCUAUUUAACAAAGAAACAUGAAAUUUGAUUUGUUGGACUCUCUAAGAAAUGCAUCUUAAGACAGAAACUAAUCAAAUACAUUAAUAUAUAACAUUUUUAUGCUCAGAAGAGUGUGGUAUCCCGCAAGAUAAAGAAAUACUAAGGUCCGUUGGAUAUCUAGGAUUAAAUCUUUAGGAUAUUAGCGUUAAGCUCGUCAGAUUUAAGAAAUCGACGAUAAUGCGGAAGCAGGAAAACUCUGAGAAGUGUCGCGGUGCAUUUAAAUCUACGAUUUCUCGCCGGGACUGCCGUUCUCGCUCUCUCGCUCUCUCGCAUUCCCUUUUUUGAGAGUCAUAGUUGGCGAAGUACCACGUAAAAAGAAGCCAAAGUUUCUUUAAUUAUAAUGUAAGAUCCAUAUAGGCCUUAAAUAUAUGACGCCGAUGCAUAAUGCAUUUGUAAAUGUCCGUUGUUUAUAAUUGUGAAUAACGUCUUGUAACAAUGAGAGGAACAUCGUUUCUGCGAUUAUAAUUGUUGCGCGUUGUAUUCGAAAAUACGACCUCGCGUGCGGUUUUGCGUAACGCAGAAAGUGUAUCGGUCAAUAACGAUGUUCGCCAUGAUUAUUUUUCUGUAUUGUAUAUUAUGUACUAUGCUUAUAUACAUAUUAUUAUUAUUAUUACUAUUAAAUCAAAAUUAAAGAAACG